UCAUCUGCUCUUUCAGGAAGAGACGCAUCAUCGUCAGUGCUUUGACAACAACGGGGACAGAGGCAAAACAUCGGCCCGUCCGGCUGAAAUUCCGCCUUAUUUGCAAGUGGAAUUCAUACGAAACGGACCAAUGAAGUGACCAACAGGAAACAAUGUCAUCAUUCCAGGUGGUGGACUCGUCGCCAGGUAGCAGCGUCAGCGUUAUGGAAACGUCCAACUUCGCCCACGUCAUCUUCCAGAAUGUGGGGAAGAGUUUCCUGCCCCAGGCACCCCUGGAGUGUCGCUACACCCUGACCCCUUACAUCACCCCCCACCCAAAGGACUGGGUGGGCAUCUUUAAGGUGGGUUGGAGCACAGCCAGAGAUUACUACACUUUCCUCUGGUCUCCUAUGCCUGAAAGCUACGAACCAGGAAGCACUGUGCACAGGACUGUGGUGUUUCAAGGUUAUUAUGUCCCUAAAUCUGACGGAGAGUUCUACCAGUUCUGUUAUGUCACCCAUGCUGGUGAUAUCAGAGGAGCCAGCACGCCAUUCCAGUUCAGGUGUGCCACUCCCACUGAGGAGCUGCUGACUGUUACCGAGGACGACAGCAACUCAGACAUACUGGUGGUCACCACCAAGAGUGGCCUGUUAGAGCAUGUGGAGGAGGCACAGCAGGAGCGCAGGGAGCUGCUGAAGGCCAUGCGAGUCCUCCAGGAUGAGAAACAGCAGCUGCAAGAGGAGCAGAAACGUCUGGCCAGAGAGAGGGAGCAGGAGAGGGAGACGUGCUGCCUGCUGAGGACACACAACCAGGAGCUGCUGCGUUCAUCGCAGGGCCUUUCAGAGGAGCGGGAGGAGGUUAGAAGGAGAUUGACGGAGGCCACAGACCGGGUCCGCCAGCUGGAGGAAGACCUGCUGGGAGUCACCCAGAGAGGCCUGCAGAAGGAGACGGAGCUGGACUGCCUGCGAGACCGUCUGAAGAAGCUAACAGCAGAGAGAGACAGCCUAGAGAGCCAGCUCAAGAACGAGAAGGAUGAGAGAGACCUGUACAAGGCCCACUUGCGUAGCACCGAGCUGGAGAACACUAAACUGAGUGCAGAGCUGCAGAUGCUAAAGGCGGUUGAGCUGAACCGGGAGGUGACCAUCGCCCAGUUCCAGGAAGAGCUGGACCGGCUCCGGGCGUGUGUUGCACAGAGGGAUAGUUUGGAAAAAGAGCUGCUGGCACACAAAGCUGACAAGGCAGAGCUGGCCCGUGUGCGUGAACAGCUCCGCCAGGCAGAGGAGCAGCUCCAAGCGUCCCGGCAGCAGGCCUCCCUUCUGGCCUCGGAGCUCCGGGACUCAGCCAGUGCCCGCGACCACACCAUGACAGAGCUGUACCGCGCCCGCUUGGAAGUUGACAAGCUCCGUGCCAGUCUGGCUGAUGCUCAGGCUGAGUGCCAACGCAUGGAGAGCCAGUUAGACCGCAUGAGGAGCACUGCACAGAAGGAAGUGGGUGUUGGGACGAGUGCGGAGAUGACCCCUAGUGUGAUGGUGGUGUCAGAGGCAGAGGCUGAGCUGCAGAGAGAGGUGGAGGAGCUGAAGCUGCGUCUUCACAUGGCGGCAGAGCACUACAAGGAGAAGUACCGGGAGUGUCAGCGCCUGCGUAGGCAGGUCGCCAAACUUAACACGACUGAGGCACAGGGGGAGCCAAAGAGAAAUGCAUCUACUGAGACAACACUGGAGCCAUUGACGCCAAGUCCAGAGUCACCAACAGCAGGAAAUAUAGCUGCUGCGGUCCUAAAAGGAGCCGCUGAGACGACAGUCACUCCAGAAAGUGACAGGAAAUCCACACAAACCGAUUUAUACACCAGCACAGAGAGAGAAGAAAACCAGAGGGAGAAAUUGCCAACAGAGGGUGCUGAGGGAGGAACAAAUCAACAAGAAAACAAAGAAAAUGAGGAGAAGAAGGACAGCCUGGCAGAGGAGAGCCUAAGGAUGACAAGCUGGGUGGAGGUGGAGAACGAGAGCACCAAAGAAGAGCCUAACAUUGAGGUGGAGGCAGCUCAGAAGGCGGCGGCGGCGAGGGAUGCAGUGGAGGGGCAGGUGACGCUGGAGACAGAGGGGAGGAGCAACCUUGAGGCAGAGAAGGAUCAGACUCGCUCGGUGGAGGAGGAGCUGGCGAUGAUGGAGGAGAAGUGGAGGGAGCAGUGUGCAAUCAACGAGACGCUCAAACAGCGGCUGGCUGACGAGGAGGAAAGAUUCAGGGUGCAGAUGGCAGAGCGAGCCAGCGAGGUGACAGAGCUGAAACGCAACCUCGCCCAGGCCCUCCGAGACAAGGAGCAACUGCAGGAGGAGCUGCAGCGCUAUGUGUGCAGACAGAGGGAUCAGGAGGCUUGUGUUCAAGGUGCUGAGAUGAGGCAGCCCAUGGUGCUGCGUUACCCUCUGCCGUACCCUCAGGACCCCUCUCCUCCACCCCUGGUGCCACAAAGACCUGCGGAGCUGCAAUUCGGCAAUCCAUACUCCACUGACACCACUAAGGACCGGGCAGAUGUUAACUUGUCUCCAGAACACAUGACUCGUCCCCCACCUGAAGCCCCAACCUGCACCCCUCCAUGUGCCCCCCCAAUCACACCCCCAAGUCCGAGCACUGGGGCACCAGACUGGAACCGAGAGGUGGUCUGCAUGCAGCCCACGCGCAGCACUACACCCCCUGAGGGCCUGGAGCACCCAGCGGAGGAGCCGAGAAAUGUUGCUGACGGGGUUCAGCCAUCCUGUGACCAUGAGUCCAACAGACGCAGCGAAGCCAGGAGCAGCUUCUGUUUUGACUCCAGGAGUGAUGUCCACAAGCGCUGCCCGUUAUGCGAGGUGAUCUUCCCGCCCCACUUUGAGCAGCGCAGCUUCGAGCAGCACGUGGAGAGCCACUGGAAAGUCUGCCCUGUCUGCUCUGAGCAGUUCCCCCUCAACUGUCAGCAGCAGCUCUUCGAGAGACACGUUCUCACGCACUUUGACGGCCACGUGCUCAACUUCGAGCAGAUUGAAUGAAGGAUGCAGAGGAGAAACGUUAGUUUCCGAUAUGAGUUUUAAAAAAGUGUCCUCAGCUAAUAGCUCAUUAUGAUCGGGGUUCAGUUAAGUUGUCUUGUUAAUAUACAAUCAUUAGCACUUUUUUGCGAUUUUGACACAGGUUAGGAAGAAUGUAGUCGACUUCUGAAAGGAGAGUUUGUUCUUAGCUGUCACCUUAUUACACAGUGGAUCAGAGGAUAAUAACACUGGCUAAUAGUGCCACGGUCCUUUACUUUUGUAUUAUUUUUAUUCUCAUUUUCUGCUUCUAUGGAGUAAAGCACCACUGGUAGUGCAUGCAUUCAUCUAAGACUAAAAGGAAAGUUAAAAGAUUAUAAAAGAAGAUCAUGUCAGAGUCUGUGUACCUACACAGAAAUAUUCUCAACAGAGGUGAUAAAACAGCCUGAUGUUUUUGAUUUGUCCCCAUGGUUGAAGCUUGGAAUUAUGAAAGAGAUAAAAAAGAUUUUUAAGUGUAAAUGUGGAGAAAGAUCUGGAAAAGUGACAUCUUUGAGACUAAAAUGAGUGUGAAUGUUAUUCAAGAGGGUGAUGGAGACUUUUGUGACUUGAAUGGGAGAGGAUCUUUGAUUUCUCCCCGAACUAAAGUACUGCUGUACGUGUGACAGUGUUAGGCAGAGUAAUCAGAAGGUUUAAACAAAAACAGCACUACGUUUUUAUGUAUCUGCACUAAAAAAAAGGCUUUAUUCUGAAUGUACUGUACAUAUGAAAAUAAGUUGUGGAGAGACUUGUUAUGACCCUGCCUCCAUUUACAUUCCCUCUUUAUGUUUUAGUGAUGAAAGAGUGACAGAAAUGUCAGUAAGAUGCUGGUCUUUUUAUUUUAUUGUAUCAGGAAAAAAAAUCUGCAGGACACAAAGUUCAGAAAUGAUAAAAAUAGAAUUGUAAAGAAAAAGUCAUUGUGUGCAGGUCCAUGUAAUGAAUGAGUGUCGUUAGUGUCCACAGGGCUCCAUAACACAGCUUCUAUUUUCUGUUAAAACAAAGUGACUCCUGACAGUGUUGUAUUCAGGCUUUAAAAAAAUUGCACAUGCCCAGUAAUCACAAGGCAAACGUGUUUGUAUGUCAUGUGUCCGAUUAAGCCCUUUUCAUGUGAGAGAAAGGUGAUCGAAGUGUGCACUGCAAAGAUCUUUAUGAAUAAAGUGAGCUUGUCUAAAUGCA